AUGCGUUGGGCGGGGCUAGUGGGCCAGGUCCACCGGAGGGAGUCGGGCAAGGGCGUCUGGGCUGGGGUCCUGGCGGGGGCCGGGUUCGGGCGGAGCCGGAAACGGGCACAGCAGGUGCGCGUCGGGCUGAGUGAGGGCUUCCUGGGGCUCUGCUUCUCCACGUGGCAGUGCCAGGCUGGCCUGGGCACCUGGAACCUGUCCCUGCUGAGCAUGGCCGAGUGCUGCGGGCGCCCCUGGGGCCGCAGCUGGAAGAACACCUCCUCUGAGCUCUGCCUCAGCUGCUCCACCCUGCCCCUGCCAGGGCACCUUCCGGCCCCCUUCCUCCUCCGGCCCUUGCCCCCCACAGCCCUGCUGGGCCUGCCCAGGCCUCGCCACCGCCUCUUCACCACCUGCGUCACCUGGGCCGGCUUCCACUACCGCAGCUUUGAUGGGAAACAUUUCCACUUCCAUGGGGACUGCACCUACAGCCUAGCCGCUGCAUCCGAUGGCACCUGGGCCGUGGACAUCUCAGGCAGCGGGACCUGUGCACCACCACACUGCCACCGGAUGCUGCGCAUGCUCUUCGGGCUGGACCUGGUCGUGGCUCAGGGCCGAAAAGUCUCCGUGAAUGGGGCUGUGGUGCCAGAGGGGAAGCCGCUCCUACAGGAUGGGAUCAGCGUCCGCUGGCUCGGUGACUUCAUCUUCGUGGAGAGCAGCCUGGGUGUGCGGGUCAAGUCUGACGGGCACGACACAGUGUACGUGACGGUCAGCGAGGAGCUGCGGGGUGCCACACGCGGGCUCUGCGGGCUCUACAACGACGAUCCUGCUGAUGACUUCCUGCGUGUAGGAGGGGAUGUGGCCAUGCUCGCUGCCAGCUUCGGGAAUUCCUGGAGGGUCCCGGAUGCCAGCCCAGAGCUCCCAUGCCAGGACGCGGCGGAGACGGGACACAGCUGCGACGUCACGGAGGCCGGCACCCUGAGGCAGGAGGCCGAGGCCGUGUGCGGGAAGCUGCUGGCCAACCCCUUCAGCCAAUGCCACUCCGAGGUGGACCCGGGCGGAUUCUAUGAAGCCUGCAUGUACGCGUCCUGCCAGCAGGGAGGCACGGGAGCUGGGCGGCAGGAGGCCAUCUGCACCACCUUCGCCAGCUAUGCCCGCGACUGCGCCCAGCAGCACGUCUACAUCGACUGGCGGAGGCCCGGGUUCUGCGAGAAGCAGUGCAGCCAGGGGAAGCAGUACUCGGACUGCGUGUCCUCAUGCCCGGCCAGCUGUGCCGCCGUGAGCACCGGCGAGGAGGGGCACUGCAGGGACGAGUGUGUGAGUGGCUGCGAGUGCCCACCGGGCCUCUACCUGGAGGGGGGGGCCUGCGUCCCUGAGAGCGACUGCCCCUGUUACCACCGUCGCCAGAAGUACAGGCCAGGGCAGAGCAUCCAGCAGCGGUGCAACCAGUGCACGUGCCAGGGUGGGCGCUGGCACUGCUCACAGGACAAGUGCUCGGCGAGUGUUGCCCUGAUCGGCGGGACCCCCCACUACGUUGACCUUCGACCAGAAGCGCUACUUCCUUCCACGCGUGUCUGCGAGUAUAUCCUAGUGCAGUUCCCUGGGGACGUGACCGUGAACGGGCAGGAGGUGGCCCUGCCCUUUGCCAGCUCUGACCUGAGCAUCCGACGGGCCUCGUCCUCCUUCCUUCUGCUUCAGGCCUUCGGGGCCCACGUGCUGUGGGGGCUGGAGUUCCCUGCCGCCUACAUCACCCUGCAGCCCGGCUUCGCCGGCAAGGUGCGAGGCCUGUGCGGCACCUACAACUGGAACCAGCAGGAUGAGUUCACCACCCCUGCCGGGGACGUGGAGUCCAGCGUCGCUGCCUUCACCAACAAGUUCCAGGCAUCAAGCGAGUGCCCCGUGCUCGGCUCCUUCACCUUCGACCCCUGCGGCACCUACGCCCAGCACAGGGAGUUCGCCGAGGCCGCCUGCGCCGUCCUGCACGGCUCGGCCUUCCAGCCCUGCCAUGACCUGGUGGAGCGGGAGCCCUACUACCAGCUCUGCCUCUACGACGUGUGUGGCUGCUCGGCCGGCGGGGACUGUCUGUGCAGUGCCCUGGCCGCCUACGCCAGGCAGUGUGCCCAGGAGGGGGCGCCGGUGCCCUGGAGGAACCAGACCUUCUGCGCGGUGCCAUGCAGCGGGGGGCAGGUCUACCAGGAGUGCAGCGCCCCCUGCAGGAAGAGCUGUGCUGACCUGCGCCUGGGGGAGGCCAGCUCGUGCCAGGCCCUGGCCGUGUGCGUGGCCGGCUGUAACUGCCCCGAAGGGCUGGUGCUGGACGACACCGGGCAGUGCGUCCCGCCGGGCACGUGCCCCUGCGAGCACGGGGGUGAGACCUACCCGCCCGGCAGCAAGAUCCACAGGAGCUGCAAUGCCUGCGUCUGCGUGAACGGGCUCUGGAACUGCACUGACAACAGCUGUCCCGAAGCCGCCUUCUGCCCCGGGGAGCUGGUCUACGCCCAUGGGUCCUGCCUGCGCACCUGCGCCACUGCCGAGAGCAACCUGAGCUGCCCGGGCCUCUCCAACGGCUGCGUCUGCCCACCAGGCACCGUCUUCUUCAACGAGCACUGCGUCUCCCCGGACGAGUGUCCCUGCCACCAUAAUGGCAGGUUGUACCUGCCCAACGACACCAUCGCCAAGGACUGCAACACCUGCGUGUGCCGGAGCCGUCGCUGGCAGUGCAGCAGCCACCACUGCGCGGGGACCUGCGUGGCCACAGGAGACCCGCACUACAUCACCUUCGACGGGCGGGCCUUCUCCUUCCUGGGGGACUGCGAGUACAUCCUGGCACGCGAGGGCAGCGGCCUCUUCACCGUCACCUCCGAGAACGUGCCCUGCGGCACCAGCGGCGUCACCUGCACCAAGUCUGUGGUGGUGGUGAUCGGGAACACCGUCGUGCACCUGCUGAGAGGAAAGGACGUGACAGUGAAUGGAGUCUCAGUGCGGCCCCCAAAGACCUACAGUGGGAAUGGCCUGACCCUGGAGCGAGCUGGUGUCUUUCUCAUCCUCAUCUCCCAGCUGGGGCUGAGCGUGCUGUGGGACGGCGGCACUCGAGUGUACGUGAAACUGGACCCCCGGUACCAGGGCCGCGUGGCGGGGCUGUGCGGGAAUUUCGACGGGGACACGGAGAACGACUUCACCAGCCGGCAGGGCGUCGUGGAGCCCACCUCUGACCUGUUCGGCAACUCCUGGCGCGUCAGCCUCCUGUGCCCCGAGGUCAACAACGAGGACUUCGAGCACCCCUGCAUCGCGAAUGCUCACCGUGGGACUUGGGCCCGGAAGCGCUGCAGCAUCAUCAUGCAGCAUCUCUUUGCCCCGUGCCACGAGGAGGUGCCCUGCCACCAGUUCUACGACUGGUGUGUCUUCGAUGCCUGCGGGUGCGACUCCGGGGGGGACUGCGAGUGUCUGUGCACAGCCAUCGCGGCCUACGCUGAGGAGUGUAACCAGCGCGGGGUGUACGUCCGCUGGAGGAGCCAGGAGCUGUGUCCCAUGCAGUGCGACAACGGGCUGGAGUACGAAGCCUGCGGCCCCGCCUGCCCGCAGACCUGCAAGAACUUCGGCCUGGAGCCCGCCGAGCACUGUGAUGCCAUCUCCUGUGUGGAGGGCUGCUUCUGCCCCGACGGGAGGGUUCUGCAUGAUGGCAGCUGCAUCGACCCUGCUGAGUGCCCCUGUUUCUGGGAGGGCAUCUCGUUCCCAGCGGGCGCUGGGGUGAAGCAGGAGUGCAAGAACUGCACGUGUGAGGCUGGGCUGUGGCAGUGCGAUGCGCCCACAGAGCCCUGCCAGGUCCCACCUCGCUGCCCCGAGGCGGAGUUCGCCUGCCGCACGGGUGGGCGCUGCGUGCCCAGCGCUUGGGUCUGUGACAACGAGGACGACUGUGGGGACGGCUCGGACGAGUUCUGCGUGCCCAGCUGUGCCCCGCAGCAGUACCAGUGCACCAGCGGGCAGUGCGUGGCCUGGGGGUACCGCUGCGAUGGCACCGCUGACUGCCUGGACCACUCGGACGAGCAUGGCUGCCCGGUGCCUGGCUGCGCCCAGCAGGAGUUCCGCUGCGCCAAUGGGCGCUGCAUCCCCCGGGCACACGUCUGCGACGGGGAGCUGGACUGUGGCUUCGCUGACGAAUCUGAUGAGGCUGGCUGCGGCCCCCCAUGUGGGGCUGGGGAGUUCGGCUGUGCGGCAGGGCGGUGCGUGCCCUAUCUGCAUCGCUGCGACGGGCAUGACGACUGCGGGGACUUCAGUGACGAGCGGGAGUGCGUGUGCCCCCCCGGUGACUUCCAGUGCCCGGACGCGCUGUGCCUACCGCCGGCCCUGGUGUGCGAUGGGAAGAGGGACUGCCCGGCUGGCACCGAUGAGGCCUUCUGCCCAGGUCGGGUAACCUGUGCCCCGGGGCAGCUGCUGUGCCCGGACGGUUCCUGUGUCAGCAGGACGCGGGUGUGCGACGGAGCCUGGGACUGCAGGGACGGCUCUGACGAGAGCCCAGCUCAGUGCCUGACGGCGCUGCCCAGCGCCCUGCCCGUCACCCUGCCCACGGCGCUGCCUGCGACUCGCCUGCUGCCGGCCAACCGCACCGCUGGUGAGUGGGACGCGGGUGGCGACGGCAGCCUGGACUGCAGGACGGCUGACGAGAGCCCAGCUCAGUGCCUGACGGCGCUGCCGCCGCGCCCUCCGUCACCCCGCCCACGUAGUAUGACGGCUGCCUGCGACUCGCCUGUCUGCGCCAAGCCGCAAACCGCUGCUGUGCGACGGCCAUCCCCUCUGCGGGACUUCAGUCGACGGAGCACCGACAACUCGGCGCAACUGCGUCCCUCCUCUCCCCGAGCCGGCCUCAUUGGGGCACAAGAGCCAAGCUCCGCUGAGUGGGCAACGCCCACUCGCGCCCUGGCCACCUACUCGCCUUUCGACUCUGGCCCGCGAGCCGCCACCCCAAUCCACCGAGAUCCCGCCCUGCGCAGCCUCUUCGCUGCAAACAACCGCAUGUGUGUGAAAUGUCCCGGUGUGCGACGUGCUCGACGACUGCCCCCCCAGGGCAAACAGCACGUCCCGUCCGGCGAGAGGAACCAGACGGUGAGGCCCUGCGCCGAGUACUCGUGUGCUGAGGGCAAAUGCAUCUCCUUUAAGCAGGUACGGCUGCGGCUGGUGUUACCAGAUUUGCUCAUUACUUUGGGAAAGGCUCAUUUCUUCAGGUUACUUUUCUGGGGAAGGGGAUCCUUGGAUGGUGCCUGGAGCGAGUGGGCGACGUGGGCGAACUGCACCCAGGACUGCCGCGGGGUGGUGGUGCUGCGCCGGGAGUGCAUCCCGCCCCGGAACGGGGGCCGGCACUGCUCUGAGCUGCCCGGAGCCUUGCCCAGCAUACUGGAGAUCAAGCCCUGCCAGCUGGAAGGCUGCCUUAACGCCACCGCCUGCCCCGUGGGCCUGGUGCGCAGGCCUUGUGCCCCGUGCCCCAUGUCCUGUGCCGAUCUGGCCAGCAAGGGCAAGUGCAAGAGGGACAGGCCCUGCAGCCCAGAUGAGAACAGGACCAGCGCGCCUGCUGUCCCGCCGACCAGGCCCCCGGGCACCACCCUGGCCAGCCCGGCUGCCUCCACCAGCCCUCCCCUCAUCACCUUCCCGCUGCCCCCUCUUGGAGACCAGUGCUAUGGCCCCCUGGGCCUGGCCUCCUUGCCAGCCAGCUGCUUCACAGCCUCCUCCCAGCAGCUGGAGAACCCUGCCCACGCCGGGCGCCUCAACCACGUGCUCCCGGGCUCGGACCUGCAGGGCUGGGCGCCCCAAGCAGAGGUGUACCACGAGCUGCUUUCCAAGCCGCCCUACCUGCAGGUGGAUCUGCUGGAGCCCAGGAACCUCACAGGGGUGGUGGUGCAGGGGGCAGGCUCCUCGGAUGCCUACGUUACCAGCUUCCUCCUGCAGUUCAGCAUGGAUGGGCUGAGGUGGCACGAAUACCGGGAGGUACUGGAGGGCAACUUCGACAGCCACACGCCGGUGCAGCGGGAGCUGCACCCUCUGAUCCUGGCCCGCUACCUGCGGCUGGUGCCUGUGGAGUAUCACCGGAGCAUCCACCUGCGCAUGGAGGUGCUGGGCUGCCCCUGGAGUGCUGCACUGCUGGGGACCAGCCCCACCUCCGAGCAGCCCCUGCUCCCCACGGCGACUCUGGUCCCAGGAUCCAGGGUUCCCAGCACAGUCAAUGAGAGCAGCGAGGCCAAACCCAUGGGCCAGUCAGUGAGGCCAAUGGGCACCGCAGCAGCAGGGAAGGAGCCGGGUGCCACACCAACGCUGGGGACGGCAGGGCCUGCUGGGGACACGCGCAGCCCUGGAGCAGCUGGCACCGAGGUGCCCCACCUGAGCACAGCUCGGCCUUGGUGGGGCACUGGGAUGCCUGGCCUGGAAGACGAAUCCAGGCGCUCCGGAGCUCCCGGCGUGGCAAGCCCAGAGCCCGAGCGCCCUGGGGAAAUGCCCACCACCUGGUCCCCAGGGACUCCUGGGCUCUUCUGGGCAGGGACAACCUCUCCGGGGACCCCACGCCUGCUGGGCCCCACCCUGCCGGGCAUGGCGGCCGUGACUGUGUCGGCAGCAGGUCCCGGGCCUGGCCCAACGAGGCUGCCUGGGCUGCACACCAGCCCCUCCCAGCCUGGCAGACCUGGGCUGGCCACCACUCUGGCUGGGCUGCCCUUCCCCCGGCUCCUCUGCACCCAGGGCCAGUUUGCCUGCGAGGUGCUGGGCUGCGUGGAGGCUGCCUUGGUGUGCGACGGGCAGGAGGACUGCCUGGACGGGUCGGAUGAGUGGCACUGCGGAGGCCCCACCACCUUGGCUGUCCCCACCGUCUCCCUGGCCUCCCCGACCGGGCGGCCCAGCGCCUGCUCUGCCAAGCAGUUCUCCUGUGGCAGUGGGGAGUGCCUGGCCCUGGAGAAGCGCUGCGACCUGCACCCGGACUGCCAGGACGGCUCUGACGAGAGCAGCUGUGUGGACUGCAUCCUGUCUCCCUGGAGUGGCUGGAGCGAGUGCAGCCGGUCGUGCGGGCUGGGUGUGACCUUCCGCCGGCGGGACCUGCUCCGGAAUGCCCUGCCCGGGGGCCAGUGCGAACACAACGAGUUCGACAGCCGCUCCUGCUUCCGCCGGGCCUGCCCAGUGAACGGUGCCUGGGCCCCCUGGGGCGAGUGGUCGGACUGCGACGCCGAGUGCCGGGGCGGAGUGCGGAGUCGCACGCGGAGCUGCACCGACCCCCCACCCAAGAACGGGGGCCAGCCCUGCCCCGGCGACACCGUGCAAACAGAGCCCUGCAACCUGCAGCCCUGCGGGGAUGCCCGCGACUGCGGCCCGGAGAUGGUGCACGUGCAGGCUGGGGACUGCGAGAGGGGCCUGGUGGCGCCGUGCCCCCAAUCGUGCCGGGAGCUGAAUGCCGAGAGGAGCUGCCAGAGCCAGUGUGUGGAGGGGUGCCGGUGCCCCCCGGGGCUCUAUCUGCAGGAGGGGGGCUGCGUGAACGUCAGUCAGUGCCACUGCGACUUCAGCCAGGAGCAGCGCCUCCCCGGGGACAUGUUCCUGCAUGACAACUGCAGCCAGUGCUGCCCACCCAUGCUGCUCGCCUGCGCCCACACCCUAUCCCUGCACUCGCUGCCCACUGCCACUCCAUCCGCCCUGCGCCACCCGCAUGCUCCCUCGCUCACCCUGAUUGCUCCUGUCCGCACUUCCCUGCACCGCGCCCCCAGCUUGCCCACCCAUUCUGCUGCACCCUGCGCCCACCCGCACACGCCUCCCCCACCUGCCCACCCAACGCUGCUCACCCUGCACCCACUCCCUGUGCUCGCUGCCCCCAGCUGCCCACCCAUGUUGCUCACCCUGUGCCCACUCCCUGCACUCGCUGCCCCCACUGCCCACCCGCGCUGCUCGCCUGCGCCCACUCCGUGCUCGUGCCUACCCUGCGCCACCCACGCUGCUCACCCUUGCUCCACUCCCUGCGCUGUGCUGCCCCCGCCUGCCACGCUGCUUGCCUGCACCCAUGCCCUAGCACGCGCGCCCCCCACGGCCCACCCACGCUGCUCGCCUCUGCGCCACUCCCUGUUCGCUCGCUGCCCCUCGCCCUGCGCGCGCCACCCACCCACUCUGACUCACCCCGCGCCCCCUGUGCUACCCUGCUGCUCGACUCGCCCCGCCUGCCCACGCCCGCUGCUCACCCUGCGCCCAUUCCCCUGCACCUCCUGCCGACCCGCCUGCCCACGCUUGCUCACCUGCGCCCAUCCCUGCGCUCAACUGCCCCCGUGGCAUGCCCACCCACUACUCGCCUGCAGAGCCCACUUCCUGCGCUCGCUGCCCCCCCGCCUGCCCACGCUGCUCACCCUGCGCCCACUCCCUGCGCUCGCUGUCCCCCCCCGACUGCUCCACCUGCUCACCCUGCGGCCCAUUCCCUGCGCUCGCUGCUCCCGCCUGCCCACACACGCUGCUACCCUGUUGCCACUCCCUGCGCUUGCUGCCCCCUGCCUGCCCACGCUUGCUCGCUGCACCCAUGCCCUGCGCUCACUGCCCCCCACCUUGCCCACGGCAGGCUGCUCCGUCGUGCUCACACUCCUCACGCAUGAGCCCACCGGCCCCUGGAGCGACUGGACGCCCUGGUCCCCCUGCUCCAAGACCUGCUUCUAUGACGUGGACCGUGUCGGGGUGAGAAAGCGGUUCCGUCACUGCAACGACACCGGGGAGGGCGCUGGGCGAUGCCAGGGGGCGCCCGUGGAGGAGGAGCAGUGUGACACGCCACCCUGCCCCGUGGAAGGCGUCUGGACCCCUUGGACGGCCUGGUCCCGAUGCUCCGCUACCUGCGACUCCGGCGUCCAGACCCGCAGCCGCACCUGCUCCAACCCAGCCUAUGGGGGCCCCGAGUGCACGGGGCCCCUCGUCCAGACCCGGGACUGCAACAGCCAGCCCUGCCGAGCACUGUGCCCCGCGCCCAUGAUCUACCAGACGGCUGAGGAGUGCCGGCGAGGAAGGGGUGCCUGCCCGCGGCUCUGCCUGGACCAGGGCACCGGCGUGGAGUGCGCCACCCGCUGCUACCCGGGCUGCUACUGCCCUGACGGCCUCUUCCUGCAGGACGACAGCUGCGUGCCGCAGAGCCAGUGCCUGUGCUACCACCAGGGGGUGCUCUACCGUCCAGGCGACACCGCCCCCCGCGACGCCUGCAACAACUGCACCUGCGUGGCUGGGGAGAUGGUGUGCGGCACGGAGCCCUGCCCAGUGCACUGCGGCUGGAGCGGCUGGACUGAGUGGAGCUCCUGCAGCCGCAGCUGCAACGUGGGCACCCGGCGGCGCUUCCGCUCUGGCUCCGAUCCGCCCGCCGCCUUCGGGGGGCGCGACUGCCAGGGCCCCGGUGUGGAGGUCGAGUUCUGCAGCCUGCAGCCCUGCAGGGGCUCCGGGGCAGAAUGGGGUCCCUGGUCGGAGUGCUCCGUGCCCUGCGGGGGCGGCUAUCAGAACCGCACACGGGGCAGCACCGUCCUGCACCGGAUCGAGUUCACCACCUGCAACCUCCAGCCCUGCGCCGGUGAGGGGCCCGGCAUCUGCCCGGAGGGGAAGCUGUGGCAAGAAUGCGCUGACGCACCAGCCUCCUGUGCGGAGCUGGGCACGGACCCCCCUGCUGACAGGCCCUGCCACGCUGGCUGUUACUGCCCCCCCAGCACCGUCCUGCUGAAUAACCUGUGCGUGGCGGCGGCGGAGUGCCCCUGCGCCGAGGGCGGAGUGCUCUACGCCCCGGGAGACGUGGUGUCCAGGGGCUGUGAGAACUGCUCCUGUGAGGCAGGCCGGAUCUCCAACUGCUCCCGGGUGGCCUGCGGGGACGUGAGCGUCGGCUGGUCGACUGGACGACCCUGGAGCAGAGUCGGUUUCCUGACAGCCCUGGGGGUCUUCUACAGAACAGGUACCCGGUUUGCACGGCCCCCCUCCGUCGGGCACCGGACUUGCCCUGCCUGGGCCGGACGCGAGGAGCAGCCCGCCACGUCGCAGCCCUGCUCCAGGAGCGGCGGCUGGAGCGCAUGGAGCCCCUGGACCGAGUGCACCAAGAGCUGCGGGGAGGGGCUGCGGAGCCGGGCCCGAGCCUGCGACAGCCCCACCCCGUUGGGCCACGGCGACUACUGCGAGGGCCCCCCCGCCCAGGUGGAGACCUGCCACCAGGGGCAGUGCCCAGCUCUGGACUGCGCAGCCGUGCAGGGCUCCAUGUACAGCCGCUGCGGCCCCUCGUGCCCCCGCUCCUGCGACGACAUCUCGCACUGCAUGUGGAGGUGCGAACCCGGCUGCUACUGCACCAGCGGCAGGGUGCUGAACGCCAACGGCUCGGCCUGUGUGGAGAGGCAGGACUGCACCUGCCUGGACCUGCUCACCCAGGAGAGGUACCUGCCGGGGCAGACCGUGGCCCACCAGGACGGCUGCAACAACUGCACCUGCACUGGGGGGAUGCUGCUCUGUACCAGCCUGCCCUGCCCUGUGGCUGGAGGGCUGGUGUACCGCGCCUCGCGCUGCCCCACCCUCAGCACGGCGGGGCGAGAUGUGCCGGGACAGGGAGCGUCACGGGCGACACCAGCACUCAGCCUCCAGCCACAAGGAUGCCCCUCGGCUGCUUUCUGCCCCGUGGACGGUGGCUGGAGUUCCUGGGGGCCAUGGUCAGCCUGCGCCGCCUGCGCCGGGGAGUCGGCACGGAGCCGGGAGUGCAGCAGCCCUCCCGCCCGCUUCGGGGGCGUGCCCUGCCCUGGAGAGGCCUGGCAGAGCCGUGCCUGCCAUGAUGGAGACACCAUGUGUGAAGGCUGCGGCGGGGGGCAGGUGGCCUUCGCCUGUGGCAAGCCCUGCCCCCGCUCCUGCGAGGACCUGCAGGCGGACAUGGCCUGCCUGGAUAGCCCCCAGUGCCAGCCCUCGUGCGGCUGCCCCGUUGGCCAGCUCCUCCAGGACGGGGCGUGUGUGAGCCUGGCGCAGUGUCGCUGCAAGUACCGCAGCGGCUCCCUGGGGCUGGAGGGGCGGUGCACCCAGGAUGAUCCCCGGCCUGUCUCCGCAGAGGCUCCAGAGCAGCAGACCCUCUUGGCUUGGGCUGGUCCCGUGCCCUGGGAGUACGCACAGCCUGGGCAGACCGUGUACGGGCCUUGCCAGAACUGCACCUGCGAGGAUGGGCACCUGCAGUGCCGUGCCAACCCUGCGUGCCGGCUGGAAGGCAGCUGGGGGGCCUGGGGGCCAUGGUCGCCCUGCCCCCAGCGCUGCCAGGAGGGCACCCAGUUCCGUUUCCGAGAGUGCGAUAACCCGGCCCCCCAACACGGGGGCAGGGGCUGCAUCGGGGACAGCCAGCAGCAGCGAGCCUGCCACCAGGGCGAACCGCCCUGCCAAGAGGAGGUGCCAUGGAGCGACUGGUCCCCGUGGGCCCCGUGCAGUGUGUCCUGUGGCGGGGGAGAGCAGAUCCGCACGCGCCAGUGUCGCCAGCCGGCCUGCCAGGGGCUGGCCGUGCAGAGCAAGACCUGCCACACCCAGGUCUGCCUCGGGGCCCCUGCCCCACAAGCACCACCGUGGUUUUUGCCUCCUAUGCAGGAGUGCCCCUGCCUGGUCACCGAGGAGACCCUGCAGGAGCUCCAGAACCAUUCGGCAAAUGCCAGCACCCUCCCGGCUGUCCUCACCGCUCAGGGCCGCUGGGUCUCUCUGGGCCAGGAGGUGCAGCCGCGCGACACCAUUCGCUCCGCCUGCAGCACCUGCACCUGCCACAACGGCCAGCUGAACUGCUCCUUCACCCGGUGCCCGCUGGACGGCGGCUUCGCUCCCUGGAGCCUGUGGACACCCUGCUCCGUGAGCUGCGGGGGGCUGGGGCACAUGACCAGGGCACGGGGCUGCACCAACCCCCCUCCUGCCAACGGAGGGAAGGACUGCGUGGGCCUUCGGACUGACAUCAAGUACUGCCAGACAGCGGACUGCCCAGUGACAGCUGGUCCCACAAAGGAGCCUGUCCCCAGUGUGCCAGGCUCCGAGGAGGGUUUCAGCCUGUGGUCCCCCUGGAGUCCCUGCUCCAGAACCUGCACCGAUCCUGAGUUCCCAGCCACAAAAACCCGGACCCGGCUCUGUGAGGGAGGCGCCAACUGCACCGGGGAGUCAUUCCAGGAGCGGGUGUGUAACCUGCCCCAGUGCACAGAUGCGCCCCUGUGUCUGGGUGAGGAGUGCGCUGGCAGGAACUGCACCUGGACCCCGUGGGCGCCGUGGAGCGAGUGUUCCCGCAGCUGCGGCGUGGGCCAGCAGCGACGUCUGCGCACCUACCACCCCCCCGGGGAGCGGGGGCUCUGGUGCCAGGGCAUCCUGACCACAAACACUGAGCGGCGCUUCUGCAAUCUGCAGGCCUGCAAAGUGCCUGGAGCCUGGUCCAAGUGGAGCCCAUGGUCGUGGUGCGACCGCACCUGCGGGGGGGGCCGCUCCGUGCGCGCUCGCACCUGCACCAGUCCCCCGCCCAAGAACGGAGGGGCCCGCUGUCCAGGGGAGAAGUACCAGGGGCGCAUCUGCAACCCCCGGCCCUGCGAGGAGGGAUGCCCGCCUGCCAUGGCCAUGGUGGACUGCGCCAACAGAUGCCCGCGCCAUUGCUGGGACCUGCAGGAGGGCAUCACGUGCCAGGACGGGGAGGCCUGCGAGCCUGGCUGCCGCUGCCCGGACGGGACCCUGGAGCAAGAUGGCGCCUGCGUCUCCCCGCAGCACUGCGAGUGCACCGACGCCCAGGGGCACAGCUGGGUGCCAGGCAGCCUGCGCCACGACGGCUGCAACAACUGCACAUGCUCUGAGGGGCAGCUGCUCUGCACCCGCCGCACCUGUCCCCCCAGCCAGUGCGAGUGGAGCCACUGGUCCCGCUGGUCCCCAUGCAGCGUCACCUGUGGGGACGGGCUGCAAACCCGGUUCAGCAGAAUUGUGGUGCCAGCAGAGCCCUCGCCCGUCCCCGGGCAGUCUGUGCUGACCCGGCCUCCCCGCUCCCCGCACAGGGACCUGGAAGCAAGAUGGCGCCUGGUUCCCCGCAGCCGGCGGUGCACCGACGCCAGGGGCCCACCCUGCGUGUGCCAGGCAGCCUACGCCUACGACGAGCUGCCAACAACUUGCACAUGCUCUGAGGGCAGCUCCUCUGCACCCCCGCACCCUGACGGCCACGCGGCUCCUGCCAGCGAGUGCCAGAAGAAGCUAGCCUUGGGCCGGACGACCCGGCCCUCGCCCCAGGGUCACAGCCGGCUGCCUCGCCGUGCCCGCACCAGGCUGGAAGGCCUGGGGACACCUGGCUGCGGGGCGAGUUGUGCCAGCCAACGUCAGCUCCUGUCGGGGGAGCGAGCAGCGCACGCCCCUUCACAAGUAGGCGGAUUCUCCCCAGUGCUGGCUGGGCAGUUGGAGAACUCAGCGCCCCCCGGGAACCCCACCCCUUUGCCUGGACCGUCUGUGUUCCCCUUCCCUCUUACUGCACCCCGGAGUUAUGCCAACAUCGCGUGUGCGGUGAACGGCUCCUGGACGCCCUGGUCUCCCUGGUCCGACUGCCCCGUCACCUGUGGCAACGGCACCCACGUCCGCACCAGGGCCUGCAUCAACCCACCGCCACGCAACAACGGCUCAUACUGCGCCGGCCCCGAGGCCGAGGCCCAGGGCUGCACUGCCCGACCCUGCCCAGCGGCGGAGCCAUGUGACUGGUCGGCCUGGAGCCCCUGCUCACGCUCCUGUGGCACCGGGCUGGCCACGCGGACGGGGACAUGCGCCUGCCCCAGCCCCGAGGGGCCCAGCACCCCCUGCAAUGACAGUGCCCGCCAGGAGGUGGAGCCCUGCUACCUGCGGCCCUGUGAAGGCGACUGCUUCUGGAGCCCCUGGACGCCGUGGACCCAGUGCUCAUGCAGCUUCCUGGUGCAGCAGCGCUAUCGGAACCAGCUGGGCCCGGGCCCCCAGGGGGCGCUGUGCGUGGGGCUGGACGGCGAGUUCCGCACCUGCGACGCCCCCCACUGCUCGGAAGCCAUUGCUGUGAGCCUCCCUUCAGUUCCGCAGUGCGCGUUCAUCUCACUAUUCACCAAGCCUUUUGCUCCACCAUGGCAGCGCCCAGGAGCUUGCAAGCAUCCACCUGUGCCUGCGGCUGCUAGCUGCCCGCAGGGCCUGGUGGAGCAGAGGGGAACCUGCGUGCCCCCCGUGCAGUGCGGCUGCCUCCACCUCCGCCCAGGAGAAGGGCCCGUGUACCUGGCGGCCGGGGACACCGUGCUCGUGGGCUGCAAAGAAUGCGUGUGCCAGGAGGGGGCGCUGCAAUGCAGCAGCGAGAGCUGCCAGG